AUGGCGCUCCUCCUUCCCGCGACGUGCGGUGCCCACAUCGUCGCAGGCCUUCCUCCUCUCUACAGACCGACGCGCACCUCGUCUCACCGCGCUUCACCCCCCCAUUUCAAUGUAUCCUCUGCCGGGCGCGUUCUUUCCCAUGGGAGGAACCUGAGCCCUUAUCAGCUCGCGUCGCUUGUCCCGCUGCCACUAAUAGCCCACGCGGCAGCCGCGUCAGCGAAGCUUCAGCGAAAUGCCGCGCUCACGUCGUGUGCCGUCGCUUGCCAAUCAGAACCGUCGGAGGAUGUCCCGUCAUCGUCGCAGGCGAAUGCGUCGCAAAACAGGCCAGCCUCCUUCACUAUUAAGGCGGCUUCGGCGGCUGUAGCUGCAGCUGUAGCCGCCGCUACAUCCGCGAUUUCCGCAUUCACUGCUCCUGCGGCGCUCGCCGUCGAUUCCGACGCGCUCUCUCGCUACGAGCAAAUCGCCGGCAAGGCCGUGCAGCGCUCCGUCGUUACAAUCACUUCAGCUGCCGCGACUGGGCCCGUUAAUAUCACAUCGGCUGGGGAAGCCGCCGGAGCUGCCGCUGCCGGGGAGGCCGCUAGUUCCGCUGCAGGCGCCGUGACUGACGCCGCCUCCGCCGCCGCGUCUUCCGCUCCGGAGGCCGUGAGCGCCGUUACUGCCGCUGUGUCCGACGCCGUCGCCGCCGCCGCAUCUGCUGCCGCACCUGCCGCCGUGACUGAAGCCGCUUCUGCCGCCGCCUCUACCGCCACUUCCGCCGCCACUUCUGCAGUGGCUGGAGUCGCCGACCUGUUCACCAGCGCAGUCCCCGCGGCCGCAUCUGCCGCCGCGUUUGACGCCGAAGUGGCCCUCACUUUCGCGGCUGCAGCGGGAGCGACGGCGCUGCUCGCGGGGGCGUUCUCGUUCCUCACGCGGAAGCAGUACGCGGGCGAUUUGACCCCAGAAGCGGCUCUGGAAAAGGCACUCGAAGAGCCUGGGGAGGAGUGGGAGGAAGAGGGCGAAGCAGUCGUUCUUCUCGACAUUCGUGACGGCAAGGAGAAAAGCCGAUCGGGUAACCCGACGCUAAAAAGCUCGCCGAAACGACUGGUGGCCGUGGCGUAUCGCGAAGACUCGGUGAAGCGGAAAGCGGAGGAGGGCGAGGGGGACGGGGAGGACGACGUGGUGAUUGAAUUGGGUGAUCGUAAAGAGGGGUUCCUCGACGCAGUUAAGGAGGCUAAAGCCCUAGUUUCUCCUUACAAAUCUUUUCCUCUUUCCCCUCUCCCCGAACCAGCCCCAGUGCCUCGGUCCAUAUUUAGCAUAGCAGUGCCGAGAACAAAAGCGCCCUGCGCCUCAUCCGCUCAACUAGUUUCCCCUUCUACCCUCCCUCCUUUCCCCUCUUCCCCCCUUUCCAACUUUCCCCUAUCUCCCCGUUGUCUCUCCCCCCUUUUCACCCUUCUUCCCCCUUUCCCGACGCUCGUGCAGGAAGGGGGGCUGCCGUGGAAGAAACCGUUCCUCCGUCUGCCCUCGCCCGCGCUACCCUCACUCCCCUCGCUCCCCUCGUUCAACCUCGGAAUUAACCUCGAGGAGUCCGUUUCUACAGUGAAAGAGGUUUUCACCACUGUAGAGAGCGGUGCAUCAACAGCAGCAUCAGCAGCGGCAUCAGCAGCUCCUGCAGCACUGGGCAUCCUUGCUGCUGCGGGUCUCUCUGUGGCCGUGCUGGCAGAGGUGCGCAUUCGUGGUGGGCAUGGUUUGGUUUGGUCUAUUGGGAUGCGGGUGGUGGGGUCCGGGGGGGAAGGUAGUGCCGCGCAGUGCAGCACUGGGCAUCCUUGCUGCUGCAGGUCUCUCUGUGGCAGUGCUGGCAGAGGUGCGCGUUCACUCGUACUUGUCAUGUCAUGGCCUAGUUUCGUAAGAGGGGAGGGUCAAGAGGGUGGGGAGGAGGGGAAGUGGGGAGAGGAGAUGGCAGAGUGGUAUGGCCAUGCCGAGGCUCUACUCACUCUGGUGGCGUCAGUGGCGCUCUUGCAGUUCAUAGCCACCAAGCUGCUCUUCGCUAAGGUGAGGGGGUUUGCCAGGGGCUAUAGACUAAGGUUGGGGGAUGGACGCUAUGCCAUCAGUUGCAUAGCACUGGCCGAUGUACCAAGGUGGGUGGACGGAUGA